GCAUACAGCCUCAAAGGGGUUUUGGGGGGUUUGAAAACCUGGGUGGCGACCCGACGAGAGACCCCAAAGCGCAUGGCGGCUCGAUCCCACUGUCCGCAACCAGCAAGCCGACAAGGCGCCGGCAUUGCGGCUUGCGCUAUGGCCUGUGGUGCAGCAGGACUUACCUUCACCCUGGCCUCACAGCCGGCGACGCAGGCUCCGGAUGCGACCUCGCGGACGGCACCGGGUGCGCCUGGCACGCCCUCGAAGGGCUUCGCCAUGUCAGCAGCGCCGCUGGCUGUGGGUUUGGUCGGCGGGUUGUCACUCGCCUCGUCACGGGCUCUGCGCAGUCGGUCGGCUCGAAGGGCAACCAACCCGGAGCUCACCGAAGACUUCGAUGCUGAUGAGCCUCCCUUCGAAAUCCGCGGCUUCUCCCUGGCGCAGGCUGUCCUGGUCCUAGGCUUUGUCCUGGUGGUUGUCUCCUUUGGCGACUACUUCAUCUUCGGUACGAAGGGAGGAGGUGGAGGCAUCGGCGGCCUGACGUUCAUCUACGCAGUGCCAGUGCUUCUGCUGGGCGCAGCUCUGCAAUAUGCAGAGCUCCAGCCGGUGGAGGUUGAAACCGACUCCGAC